AUGGUCCUAGACACGUUUGAGAACUUAUUACAAGGACCAAUCCCGGAAUCCAUAUGUGAAAUUGCAGCCCUUCGAUAUCUUAAUUUGGGAAGGAAUGGUUUCAAUGGAAGGAUACCCAAUUGCAUCGAUCAGCUUACAGAACUCAAAACCUUUAUCAUUAGAGACAAUUUCAUGGAGGCCAUCUCUUCAUUGUUCUCAUUGUUCAGAAAUUCCUCCCCCUUUUUUAUUGGACUCAGCUCCAGUGGGGUAACUGUAGAAACAGAUCAAAGCCUAUUUCACUUUAGCUUCCUACCGGAGUAUCUGGGCUUGCGUUCGUGCAAUCUGAGAGGGAAAAUUCCAGCUUUCAUAUCUAAUCUGACCCAACUGGCAUUCCUAGAUCUGGCUAACAAUAACCUAACUGGAACAAUCCCUUCUUGGCUAUUCCAACUCCCCAAACUCUCUUUCUUAGAUCUCUCACACAACAACCUCCAAGGCGUUGUCCCUCCUUCCCUUCAACUACAUCUCAAUCUCCUAUUCCCAAUGCUAAAGUUAGCAAGCAACAACCUUCAAGGCCCAAUUCCUCUGUUGCCCAAGAACGUCGACAUUCUCAAUCUGUCUCAGAACAAUUUCAGCACUCUCCGGUUCAAUUCCGAGCUCCCUUGUCAAUUGAACAAUGUUCUUUUAAAGAACGUUGAUCUUUCAAAUAACAGCUUAUCUGGGAAAGUCACUUCCAGCUUGGGAAACUGCAAAUCUCUCAUUUCUCUAAACCUUGCUUCAAACAACCUCUCUGGAAGCCUCCCAAUUGAACUUGCGUUUGCAGAAAAUCUCAGCUCUUUACGAGUAGAUGACAACCAUUUUCAUGGCCCUUUUCCGAAUUUCAUCCACCACCUCAAAAACUUGGAGAUUUUGAACUUGGGAAAUAACCAAUUUGAAGGAAAGAUCCCCUCCUCUAUCGGUGAGCUCUGGAAUCUUAGAAUCCUUGUGCUAAAAUCAAAUUCUUUCUACAAUCUUAUCCCAACAGAGAUAACCCAUUUGCAAGAGCUCCAAUUCAUGGAUUUCUCAAACUACCAAUUCACAGGCCCAAUCCCAAAAAACUUGGGUGGGCUCAAAACAAUAAUUCACCAACCCAAAAAAGGAUUCUUGCUUGGUUACAUGGUUGAGCUUAUUUAUAUUGGCAUCGAAUUGGAAAUGAUGAGUAAGGGGAUGGAGCAUGAACUUGACUUUGUCUUCUCUUACCAUACCGGAAUCGAUCUCUCAAGUAAUUAUUUGGAGGGGAAGAUCCCAAGCGAGAUGGGUCUUCUGCAGGGUCUCUACAUGCUCAAUCUAUCACAUAACAGGUUUUCUGGUGAAAUCCUGGUGAAAUCCCCGCGAGUUUCGGCAACAUGAGAGGGUUGGAGUCAUUGGAUCUCAGUUUCAACCAUUUGGUCGGAGCAAUCCCAGGGACACUGACUUCAUUGGACUUUCUUGGGUAUUUGAAUCUUUCUUAUAACAAUUUGAGUGGAGAGGUUCCAGUAGGAUUGCACUUUGAUACAUUGAGUGGAGAUGGGUAUACUCACAUUGGAAAUGCUUUGUUGUGUGGUCCUUCUGUUCAAAGUAGUUGUGAGAUUGGAACCAGUGGUGCUGAUUUUGAAGGGGAGGAUGGGAGAGAGAAGUGGUUGUUUUAUGGGACUGUAGCCUUGGGUUAUGUACUUGGAUUUUGGGUGUCUUUUGGGUUCUCGGUCAUGAGGAGAUAGAAAUGGCAUCAUAGGAAUGCCUUUGUACUUUUCUUGUUUCGUUUCGUUUUGUUUUGUUUUGUUUUUUGUUUUUUGUUUUUUUUAUUUCUUUUUCUAGGCCCUGUUUGCAAUUAAAGAAAUAAGAUUGUGAAUUUGGUAAAUCCAUGAACUCAUCAAAUUCCCGGAUUUGCACCAGAAUUGGAUUUGUCAAAUUCCUAAGUUUAUCAUUUGAGAAUCAAACUAUAUAUCCGUGGAUUUAGAGGCAUUGUUUGUAAUGUUGAGGUAUAGCAGGAAGGUUCACAUGCAACAUGGUGUAUGCAUAAAGUUCGAUUCAUUCAGGAGGGUUGCCCCCUCACAGAAAUAGGAUCAUGCAAAAAUCAUGCCAAUCCAAUCAUCAUGUGGGCCACAUUUUAUAAAGCAAUGGACAACCACUGAAAAACCUUGAAAUUCACAUGUUACUUGAAGAUUGCAUUAGAAUUUUGGGGCAUCACAUUUUCAUUUGAGGCAAUUAUGUUAGACUGGUUGGAUGCCGUACAUACACCAUGGUGGGCCCAAUAUACCAAGUACUUGUACCUGG